AUGCAGGCCGAUUUGGAAAAUUCUCAAAGGCUUGUUCCUCAUCAAAACUUGCUCAAAUAUAAGGAUACAAAAGAUCCGGAUGGCUUUGUACCGAAUUUAGCUGCCGAAACAAAAGCUGCAUUUGCACAUUAUCAGCUUAAAUUCCGCACGAUGCCUGGAAAUGCGCUGUAUGAGGCCACCGUUCAAUAUAAUGUGCUAGAAAAUACGAUCACUGUGGAUUUGGCGUCGAUCAGUCAUGUGAACCAGUAUGGCGACUUGCCUCACUGUAUCAUUGACAAGAACUAUUUCUUAGCCGCGUAUUGCGUUUGCUACGACAAAAUUAAGAAGGCGGAUUUUUGGAAUUGA